AUGCCGAUUCCGAUUCCCAUCUGUACAGGUGGUAACGCCGGUGCGCAACGUGACGGCUCGCAGCACGGCGCCUCGAGACGCCGCAACGACAGCAUCUCCAAUAUGAGCACAUCCAUCAGCAAUAACGGGGGAAUGUCCAUGAGCAUCGGAGCCGGUCCUGGCAGCUAUGGCGCCGGCAUGUGCCCCAUGUCUUUCAGCAAUUCGUACAGCAAGAGCCCCUUUGGCACCAGCUUUCGCUUUCUCUCCGGUGCCAGCAGUGGCUCGUACAAGGGCUCCACGCCCAUGUCCUACGGCAAGGACGUCAACGAGAUGAUGGAUUACUCGAUUGCACAGUUCGCCACAUCGACCUGGUCCGAGACUCAAGUCAUCACCCCGUCAUCGCUCUCCUCUAAGCUCGAGACCACAUUCUGCCGCAACUUUACUUGUUGCGGACAAGAGUUAGAUGACCUGCAUGACCUGCUUCAGCACUAUGAAGAGUGUCACGUCCGAUUCGACGACACCGACGAGUUUGGCUCCAACACACCCCCGGGCAUGGUCAACGAUGACGGGAGCAGCGAAGACUCGAGCAACUCCAGCAGUCCGUCCAGUCCCAAGAGCAUCGCACAGGCUGCGGCAGCCGCAGCUGCAACCAAUGCAGCAGCCGGCAACAAGGCUGGCAACGGUACCCCGUCAGUCGGCAUGCCCAUCUCAAAUCCGCUCUCAACGCCCGGCCUCUGUGCAGGCGCAGCAGCCAACUCGGCUGCUGGCAACAACAACAACAACCGGAAGCGCUCCUUCAACCAAUUCUCUACCACCCCGUCUAAUUCGUCCUCAGUGAUGCACCAGUCGCUCCGACGGGCAUUAAUCGAUGGAGGCAUCGCUGGCGCUCGGCGGCAAGCGUCCCCCUACUCGACCCCUGGAGGGUCUAUCCCCGGCACACCUGUCGGCGAACCGGACCUCGACGCACUGCUUGGCGGGCAUGGGGGUGCAACUGCGGCCUUUUCGGCUCUAUCACUGCGUAAUAAUAACUUUGAGGAGCAUAAUCUGCCGUCUUGUGCACCACCUAAUCUUUUCUUCCCCGCCAACGGCGUCAGCGGAGCGACGACGACGGCGACAGCGAGCGGGACAGUGCCCAGCAGUAGCACCAACUCUCAGCCGCCGUCGAAGCGCGAGCGUCUCAACUCAUCCAGUAGCGGCACGAUGCCCAACCCGAACACGCUCAACCCGGACGGAACGCCCAAGUUCGACCCGAAGAACGUGAUCAUGUUGCCCGGCAACAUUGAGAAACCGUACAAGUGCCCGGCACCCGGGUGCGACAAAGCGUAUAAGCAGAUGAACGGGCUUAAGUACCACCGAUUACAUGGCCACUGCAACCAGAACAACGUCCCCAUCUUGCAGACUGCCACUGCCCAAGCGGCUCUGAUCGCUGCGCAGCAGCAGCAAGCAUCGAGUAGCAGCAGUCUGGCAGGUCAACCGGGUGGCGCGUCCGCUGCCAGCUCUCCCGUUGUCACAACGCCUGGCACGGCAACAACGCCGACUGGAGCGCCCAAGCCUGGCUUCUUUACUGCCGCUACCGUUGCCGCCGUUAUGGCUACUACAUCCGCAGCGCCAGGGAUAUCGACGCAGACUCGUGCGGCGGCGUCGACGACCCCUAACUCGACGGCUCCUAACUCGCCAUAUGCCGCUGUGGCUGCUGCCUUACCUGGCUCACCAGCCGGCAGCUCGGCGAGUAUCAGCGCAGGAGCAGACCGACAGAGUACACCUGCGCCCGCGCCUGCCGCUUUGUCUUCUACAUCAUCGUCCUCGGUAUCAGCGGGAAGUGUGUUGGCAGGCCAAGCAAGUGUCAUGCGCGCCGGCAGCCAGAACAACAAACAGGUCCUCUACCUGUGCCAAGUGGGGACGUGCGGCAAGACGUACAAGAACCUCAACGGCCUGCGCUACCACUACUUGCACUCGGGCAGCCACGGCCUGCUCGGCCUGCAGGUCCUGCACGCCAACGGGGGCGGGAACAGCGCCAAAAUGGGCAACGACGGUCGCGCGCUCGUCAGCACUGAUACUCUCAAGCCGGAGGAGGUCGCGCGCGCGGCGCGCCUUGCAGCCGAGAUGCAGGCCAAGAAGAGUUCCGUCACACAGAAGACUGUCGAGAUGGUCCAAGCACAGGCGCUCGCAGGCGGCGGACCCGGCCACAACCACAAGCAGGCGCAGGACCUCGAAAAGGCGCUCGCAAGCGACGAGGCGCCUUAA